CUGAAGAUGGAGAAUAUAAUGCUGGAUACACCAAAGAAGAAUAUCAAGUUGGUCGAUUUCGGCCUUAGUAAUACAUUUGCUAAGGAUGAGUUGAUGAAAACGCAUUGUGGGUCGCCUGAGUACGCUGCUCCUGAACUCUUCACUCCGGGAGAAAGAUAUGGCCUUGAAAUAGAUAUAUGGAGUUUGGGAAUUGUGAUGUAUGCUAUGUUGAUUGGCAAGCUUCCAUUCACCACGCCUUACACAGACCAGUACAGAAGACAGAAGUUGGUCCAGCAGAUGGAGAAAGGUCUGGUUGAGUCUCACAACCAAGAAAUGGCACACCUUUCUGCAGAUUGUCAAGAUCUGCUUCACAAAGUUAUUGAGCCUUCACCAAGCCUUCGUUUGCCUCUACUGGACAUGGAGAUUCAUGUGUGGAUCACUGAAAAUGCAAAGAAGCCAUUUUUCCCAUUCCAAAGUUUUCCUCGAGAUAAAAACAUGCGAGUCCAGACACUUGAGGAGCUUGCCACAGCAUUAGGGAUGAGAAAAGAGAUUCUGGAGCAGAAAGUUGCUGAAAAUAAAUCAGACGAACAUUCAGCCAUGUUCAAUAUGAUUUUAGACAGAAAGCGCCAGCAACAAGGAAUAUUUGAUGUUGAUCAUACCUUAAAAGGUGAAAAGAAGGAACCUAAGAAAAGGUCCAAAUCUGCACAUACUUCUUCUAAGAAAGGUGGAGAAAAAACACAAAUGUUGAAAGGUCCCCCAGCAUUAGUUUUGUCUACAGAUGACUCAACAGACCCUGCACAAACUGGAAUCGAGCCAGAGACUGAGACUAAGUUCAGCUCAUUUGACUUCCUCGCACUUUGCAGCACUCCAACAUGGUUGGGUCCAGAAAGACGGAAAUCUAGGCGGCGCUCCAGGUCACCCAUGCCUUCCCCCCAUAUUCAGCAGCAUGGGACCCAGGGUUUAUCCGUGAGAAACCAAAUGAAGCGGGAUUACAUGGAGCGUCAAGCCAUAGAAAUGGAACGUGAAAUGUUAAGGGAGGAAAGAGCUGCCGCUGCUGGACUCCUUUCUCCCAACUCAGCCAACCAAGGAAGUCAAAACCUUCACAACGACCACGCCCCUGUCAGCACAAGCCUCUCUGUGCCGGGUACUGAGCCUUCCAACUCUCAACUUGCCAUUCGUCGGAGCUCUUCGUUUAAAUUUUCCAGACGAAGAGCUCGAUCAUGCGGACCUUCUCACAGACCUAAAGGUACCUACCAACGCUCAGGUUCUAUUGAUCACCGCCCCGGGUCGGACGACAUGCCUCAGCUAGCCAAUCUGGCGCAUUCUAAAGAAGGAAGCAGUGCCCCGAUUAUUACGGGUGAUGCUAGCAUCCUCCGCGGCACAACAAAAGCAUCAUCCCUAAAGAUGAAGAACUCCCACCCAUCUGCAGGGAGAAAACUCAGCGUGGACUUUGAUUUAGCUAAACAUUCAGCUAUUCCUGACACUCCCAAAAAGAACAUGCUCGCUGUCCCUGCAGUGGAGCCCAAGAAACAAUUUCUUGAGGUUCCGGAUAUAGACCAUCAAAAUAAAAACUUUUUGACCGUUCCCAACCAUGAGACCGGAAGCAACCCGCACAUCUGUGUGCCGCCCCAGGAGGAGAUCUUCAUUCCAUCGGAAGAAAGUUUAUCCUUGUCUUCUGGCUCUAAAACUGUUACCAGACCAGGGAACUUGACUCUCAAAGAAUGUUACCUUUCUAUAAAAGAGGAUAACCACAAAUGCACACCACACAUACUUCCUGUCAGACCAUUCAUACCAGGGUCCAACGGACCUCUGACUAACGUGGAAGUUCACUACGUAGACAGCUCUAACCCUAGCUCUUCUACAGAUUUGCUUCGCCCCCCUGGUCAUUCAUCCAUGAAACUGGAUUCCCUGGAUUUGCCACUAACGAAUAGUGAUCAAAAUAAAUCCCAAAGCUCGGAAUUAUUUUUUCUUGGUACGAAUGAUAAGCUAAUAGAUGAUUCUUCUUUGGAGAAUGUGCUGGAGGUGAAGUCCAAGCAUCAGCGAAACAAGUCACGCCAAAAGCAUUCACUGUUUGACUCCCCACCUUCGUAUGAGUCACUGCUAAAGCUGCCAUCCCCCAACUCCAACCACACGGUAAUAUACAACGGUCACGAUGAAAGGGCUUUAGCUAUGCAAACGGAUAAAUCACUUGUGUUGUGCAAUUCUAGUGAGAAUCGUAUUCUUCUUGGAGCAGAGUGUCCCCCUGCCAAUUGUGUUAGUGCUUCUAAAGAUGGCAUUUCAGAUCUCCAUGACCAAGGUAUUUCAGAUCUUCAUGAUCAUUUCGAUGGAUUAAUGUUGGCUUCAGAAGGCUACGAUGAGUGCGACGAUCAUGUCGACAGCAUGACGGAGCUUAUUUCCGACUCAUUCAGGCAUGAAAUUCUCACCAACGCCAAACCCACUGUCAGUACCCCAGUGGGAAUAGGCGCCACCCAGAAGAUAAGUCGGCAAAACUCGGCAGCCACCCCGGAUGACGACAUCCAUUUGUCAUCCAGAAAAGGCAGUAGUGGCGCGGCCAGCAAAAGUUCAAAGUCAGGGUCAGGCCGGUGGCAGGGCAGCGGAAAAGCGAAAUCUCCCACCACGCCUAUGUGGAUGAAUUUGAAAACACCGCUGGCCCGGAUAGAAAGUUUCCACAGCGAUGACUUUGAUAAUCUGAGAGACAGCGACAACGAUGAAAAAGGUUCCGCCUCUUCCAUGUCUGUCACCACCCCCACUGUGCCAUGUUUUGCGUACAAAUUGCAUUUGAUGAAAAAGAAGCAAACCAAGUUAAAGAAUAAAAACAGCAGCAGUGAUAGUGGGUGUGGCUCACUGCAGAACAAUGAUUACUCCUCGUCAAAAGUUAAUCGAACGUCAGACAGAAAGCUUAGGCAGGAAGGGAGACAUGAUGUCACAGACCCCUUGCUAAGCUCAGGCAGUGAGACAGAACAUCACGAUGAUUGUAUAGACAGAGUAGGAGUGGCAGGCAAGGCUAAGGUUCACCCUAUGGGUGCAGAUGACAGGGACACAGACCUGUUGAGUAAAUCUGAUACAAAAUGUUUACCUUACACCAAUGCAAUCACCAGACAACCUAAUCAGAUCAAGAACUCAAUCAACAAGUGUCAGAAAAUAACACCAGGCUCAGAGGAAGGGGGAAAGAAAAAAAUAUUCACCAAAAAUAUGGCGUGGAGAAAAAGCUUUGCUCAAUUUCUGAAGAGGAGGAGGUACCACAGCCAUGCAGCGACCGCACCCCAACAGCAACAGCCUAUUAGCCACCACCCGCUGUUGCACCAGAACCAACACCAAAACCAACACCAGAACCAACAUCAGAACCAACACCAGCAACAGCAGCAACCUUCCCCCGGCAAUAAUAAUAACAAUGAUUUAGCUCAUGUUGACCCAACGCCUGUGUCCAGAAAUGGCAUUUCCGCUUUGGGUCAGCAGCCAAACAAGUUGACUGAACUCUCUACGGGGACUGAGGACCACACCGUAGUCACGAGCCAAGAUGUAGAUAAUUUCAAACUGGCCACAGCACUCUCCUCAGUCCCAGUAGAGAACAAUGUCAUAGAAUUGAUUGAGCUUCAGUCAUCUCCCAAACUCCACUGCUCCUCUUCCCCAACAAGUCGUGUGUUUGACUUUACCCUCGCAUCAGAUUCCCCUAAGAUGAAAUCCUCUUGCCUCCUCGGUUGGGGUUCCUGCCGCGACUGUGGCAGAAGUGAUAUCUCAUCGGAAGAGGAUAUUGAAUGCUUUACAACUCAUGAUCCUACAGCCAUCAGCUUGAGCAUGAAACCGAUAGGAGAGAACAAUUUACCAGAGAACUUCAUUCAGACAUAUCAAUAUUCCCCUACAUGACAGCAAGCCCAGCUUUUUAAACUGCGCAUCACAUUUUUUUAGACAAUUCCAUUAAUAAUUUGACAAGCAUGGCUUCAAAACACAAUUGUUUAUAACGUUUAUUGGCUAUUAUGAAAAGGAAAGAAACAUUUUUUUUAGAAAAAGUUGUCUUGCCUUUGCAUUGAGCCAUAAUACAUUCAAUUUUCAAGAAAUCACAAUAAAAAUUAGCAUAAUAAACAAAUUAACCUAAAGCAAGUAAAUCGUGAUAAAAUUUUUGUACUAAAAAAAUGUGAUAAACAUAGAUUUGUAGUUUGUAAGAUAAUUGUUGAACUGUAAACCUUUCUACUCCAUGUAGACAAAUGAGCUCCAAUAGCAGCGAGGAUAAUUUCAAUACAAACUUGUUCAGCUUCACUUCUGAUUUAUCAUUCACUUAUUUAUCAUUUAUAUAGCACUUUAAAUUUGCAGGGGUGUUAAUUGAAGAAAAAGAUUUCUGAUAACAGCUAUUAAACUUAAACGAACAUUUUGUUCUAUUUUACAGUUAAUUAUUUUAUGUUGAUAAUUUUAUUUUACAGUUAGUUCUUUAAAUAUCAGACUUUGGCAGAAAAGUUAAUCUUAUAAUAGAAAGACUCUAAAUUUCACAUUUGAAAGAAAGAAUGAAAAACUUAAUUGUUUUUGUUGUAGAAUUGCAAAAUUUGAUUCUACACAUUAUAUUUAGCAACUUUUCUUUUCCCCUUAUGUCAUAGAGAUUUAUAUUUCCUCUAUUGAAGGUUGAUAGGCAGUUAUACAUUUAAUAAUUUAAAUCUGUUUUCUCAUUAAAAUAAAAAAAGUCAAUUACACCAUCAAAAAAAGUCUGCAAUUCCAAAAAUCAAAAUUCUUUUAAAUAUUCUUUA